GGGGCGCCUCCGAGUGACGCGCCCUCCUCGCGGUGCCCUUCAGCCGCCGCCGCAGCUCCGGGCGCCACAUGGACCCCGCCGGCCCGAGAGCGCGCCGCUGCUGAUCGUCGGCUCGGGAAGGCAGAGGACUCCAACCACACUUGAAUGUGAGAUCUGACCCCGGAGUGGCUCCUGAGGGACCAAGCCAUCACCAUGGAGUUCGUGAUGAAACAGGCCCUGGGAGGGGCCACGAAGGACAUGGGGAAGAUGCUUGGGGGUGACGAGGAGAAGGACCCCGAUGCUGCCAAGAAGGAGGAAGAGCGGCAGGAGGCACUGCGGCAGGCAGAAGAGGAACGCAAAGCCAAGUAUGCUAAGAUGGAGGCGGAGCGCGAGGUCAUGCGUCAGGGCAUCCGAGACAAGUAUGGUAUCAAGAAGAAGGAGGAGCGUGAGGCUGAGGCCCAGGCAGCCAUGGAGGCUAACUCAGAAGGCAGCCUGACUCGACCCAAGAAGGCUAUCCCACCUGGCUGUGGGGACGAGCCAGAGGAAGAGGAUGAGAGUAUCCUGGACACCGUCAUCAAGUACCUGCCUGGGCCACUGCAGGACAUGUUCAAGAAGUAAUGCCACACGGUCAGCGCCAGGAGCCCCGCCCUCUGUACAGACCCCUGCGGAGGCCUCCCCAAGGGAUGCUGGGAGCAGAUGCAGCACCACCCCCCCACGCAAAAAUAAGCCAUAGUCCUAGAUCUGUCCUGCCCAUGCCCCCCUUUGCGCCUAGGGAGCCUCCGGCCACCCCUCCCCGCACUGCCAUCCCCGACUCCACCAGGCAAGGGUGUGACCCUCAGGCCCCAGUGCUGUGCAUCCUUGCCUGAGGGUGGUCGGACCCCUCCUUACUGAUCUUGAGUUCACCAUUCCCACCCAGCCUGCCCAAGGUCAGGCCCUGGAGGGCCAGCCCUGACCACUCCUGCGGUGCCAUCCCUGCAUGGGUGGGCACCUGUCAGGGCCCAAACUCAGGAGCACAGCCAUAGUGGGAUGGGGUUUGGGGGAUGGGCAGUGGGCCCUGGGGGCCCCAGCCGCUCCCUGAGCCCAAUGCCCCAGUUUCUGGACCUGUUGGACCUGCCGGACCACGCUCUGUCUUCCUAUCUGUGUGCUGCCGCUCUAGUCUUCACCGGCGGCCCUUGCAUAUUUUGUCCCACUGUCUCUUUCUGUUAUUUGCUCCCUUCUUCACUGUUGUCUGCAAGGUUUGGCUUCUCAGGAAUGCCACAGCUGUGUUCCCUACUCAACCAGGGGAAACAAAGCAAUAGUUUUGAGGGGUUCUCAGACACAGUUUGAGUCCCUUGGUAUUCCUGUGAUGCACACUUUGGAAUCCCAUUAAUCUCUGUCCCACCUCUCCCUGGUGGCCUCUGUCCUCUCUGUGAAGGGCACAGUCAAGUCCCCGAGGGAGCUCCUACCUUCACCACUGAACAUCUACCUUCAAAAUGCCCCCUCCUAAAAGCCCAGGGCUCUGUGGACCCAUGUGCAGAGCAGUCAGAGGGCCACAGGGUCAGGUAUCCCCACCCUCCCCUCUAUUCCUCCUCUGAAGGGCUUGACAGGGGCCUACAAAUGCAGGCCCUGGGCUCGGGCUGUGAUGUUCUGUUCUGUGCAUGGCCCAGGGGGACUAUGGCCCAGCUAUUCCCUUUCGCUCAGCCAGCAGUCAUUGUUCUCCAUACUUGUUUUAAUUUACAUCAUAAUAUGUUGAAUCUCAGGUAAAUGAGGUCUGUAUCUGAUGAGUCUUAUCUUGACAGAAAGGCAAUCCUGGGUCUUCCCAGACAUUUCUGUCCACAUUAAAACUACAUUAAGUGUCCAUGAGUUUUGGGCCAGGUAUGUGGCUUGGCAUUGACCUUCAUGACCUUACAUAGCUCUUUAGAGAAGCCAUAACAAUUAGACUGCAAUACUAACCAGAAUGCCCUCUGCCCAAAGAGACAAGCAUGUUUGGCCCACCAUGUCUUGCUCACCUGAGCCACCCUCUGCACCUUGGCUCUGAGCAGAUGGCCUUCUCUUGAGUUAAUCCCACACCCCCUUCCCAGCGCAUGGGGCACCAGGCCGCCGAGCUUAGCAUAACCCACGUGUUUUCUGUCUGUCUGUCCUUGUGCCUAUGCCUCCUCUUGCAUGUCGGAGGCCUCUCAUGUGUUCUCUCCAAGGGAAUCACAGCCAAUAAACAGUGAUUUCACACCG